CGGGGCCGAUGUCACACGGACAGUGCCAGCGUGUUUUAGGUUAGCUGGGCAGUGACGAGACCGGUCGUGAACGCGGUGCGUCCAAGGUGCCAUUGACCAGCUGCGAACCGUGUGGCGAAACAUUCCGUCGAAAGGCACCGGCGCACCGGCGAAGGAAACGAAAACGGUCGAGUGAUUAAAUGAUAAGCGAUCAUGGCAACGCCCACCUGUGAUAAGAAAGCGAGGGUGAUCGUUCUAGGAGGAUGCGGUUUCAUCGGUCGCAAUCUCGUCGAGUAUCUGUUGGAUAACGAUCUGGUAUCCUACGUGCGGGUCGUCGACAAGGUGCCGCCGCAGACCGCGUGGCUCAACGCGAAGCACCAGCGGGUGUUUGAGCAUCCUUUGCUCGAGUUCAAGAGCUCCAACUUGAUUAACAUAGUGUCCUGCCAAAGUGCAUUCUCCUCCGACGAGCCUAUCGAUUAUGUGUUCAAUUGCGCCGGGGAGACAAAGAGCAGCCUCACGGAUCCCGUGUACAAAGAGGGUAUUUACAAAUUGAGUCUGAACUGCGCCCAGCAAGCAGCCAAGAUCAAAGCCUUGCAUUACGUGGAGAUAUCCUCUGGCAAUUUUAAUGCCUCGGAAAAGACUCCUCACAAGGAAGACGACGCCGCAGAACCGUGGACGUUCGUCGCAAAAUACAAGUUACAAGUGGAACACGAAUUGAAGAACAUACCAGACUUGAAAUACACCAUACUUAGACCGGCUGUUGUGUAUGGUUGCGGCGACAGGAACGGCCUAACACCCAGGUUGGUCGUGGGCGCAGUUUACAAGCAUUUAGGAGAGAUGAUGAAACUGCUCUGGGGACCGAACCUUCAUAUGAAUACGGUUCACGUGAGGGACGUUGCCAGAGCUAUCUGGCACGUGGCUAACAGACCAGAGACGAUAGGCCAGACGUAUAAUCUCGUGGACGAGGGAGAUUCCACUCAGGGCUCCAUCAGUGCCAUAGUCUCGGAAUUGUUUAAUAUCAAUCACGACUACUGGGGCACCGCGCUAUCUACACUGGCUAAAACUGAUAUGAGCUCUGUUGUCGACGAGGUAAAUGACAAACACAUGACCCCUUGGGCGGAAGCUUGUCGCAAGGACGGAGUGGAAAAGAGUCCCCUGUCCCCGUUUAUAGAUCAAGAACUUCUCUACAACAAGCACUUGUAUUUACAGCCCGGAAAACUGUCGAAUGCCACGGGAUUCUCGUACCUGUACCCUAAACUGACGAAAGAUGCUCUUACAGAGGUACUUAAUGACUACGUGAGCAUGAGGAUCUUCCCGCAUUCCUUGGUCCUGUGAACUUAGCAAUACCGACUGCCCAAUUCGAAUAUCGAUCAAUAUUAUUCUCUUUUACACGAGGAUGCUACAAAUUACAAGAUAAAUACGGACGCUGAGCGCCGUUUUCACCUUGUGCCUAGAAGGGUUCUAUAUACAAGUUAUAUAUAUAUUCUAUUAUACACGUUAUAUAUCUUUACUUGACGUUUUACACGCCAGUGAAUGAGAUUUUAGAAAAGUACAUAUAUAUAUAUAUGAAAUUUAAAUAUUUCGUAGACGGGCCUAUUGCCAAUGUGAUAUAAAGUAGCAAUUAAUGUACUUAAUUUUACCAUAGUUCUGCAAGUGCAGAACACUUUCGCACCUUAAAGAUAGCUAGUCAAACAGUGACGUUUAAGAACGCGAUUCGAAACAUUGUUCUUACACACGGAGGAUAGGUAUGCGUAUAAGGAUACCUAAACUUUUAAGGCAUUCGCGGUGUGUGUGCGAAUCAAUUUCGAUGAACAUUCUAGAAGAUUGUUUGGUAAAAAAAGAGCGCUUUUUAUAUACCAUUUUUUCAAGACUGUGAACCGAUCAAAUUGUUGAAAAAUCUAUAUACUUCUUAUAUUGCUAGAUAGAUAACAAGAAUUCUUUUUAUAACUGCUACAUUCCAAGGUGUACAUCUUCCUACACUAAAGCUGUGAAUCAAGUCUUUCUAUUGAAUAAUUGUUACACGCAUAAUUUUAUUAUCGACAAACUCUCGGGUGUGUGCGACCUAAAGGAUUGUAUUAAAUUAAGUACAAACACUGUUAGAAGGUGCGUUUAGAAGAUAUUCCUACAGAAGAUAUUCCUUAUCGAUAUAUUAUAUAUAUAUAUGAACGGUCGCGUUCAUAUUGAUAGAUAUAUAUAUGAACUGUGCGCUUUCGCACACAUAUAUACUUAAUAUAAAACAAGAAAAGAAUUAUAUAUUCUAUUGGCCUUAAAUGGCGCAUAAAGAUAUUAGCAAGUAUACUACACUGUUCUGUUGUUACGCCAGCGUUGCUGCAGAUACUUUGAUAAUAAAGUUGCUCCAUUUACGAAA